AUGAGCUUUCGACAAUUUUCUAGGAAAUUCAAGAAGAGUUUCAACAAAAAUUUGAGUCGGUUGGCUUUCAAUUUGCAAAAUGGUGAGCUUUAGGGGGAAUCUUGGUUAAAAACAUUUUGUUGCUGAAAUUUCAGAGUCAGAAAUAUUUCUAGAGAAUAGAUGUUUUGACUAACACCAUCUGUAUAUGGUAGGGGAUUUUUAAAAAAUAGAACCCGGUAAUUCAACACAUGUUUUCGUGUAUAAUUUAAAGUUUGAAUUUUUUUUCAGAAAUCUUUUCUGUUUAUUCUUUAUCAAAUUGUUGAGAAUCGGGUUUAUGUGUUGUAAAUUUAUAGUGUUACAUAGAAAUUUUUGAAAUGAUAAUCUGAAAUUUUAACACAUGCCGUCAUUUAGAACCACACAUCAGCUAGAAAUAAAAAAAAAUGUUUGGAAUAAUAUGUUUUUCUCUGUUGUGUUUUACUGUAUAUUCAAGUUGUGACAUACAUUUUUAACUAUGUAUUUCGUUCUCACACUAAUAUAUUGAUUUACCUAUUCUCCCAACAAUUAUCAAAAACAUAGCACAUAAAAUUGAAAAUAAAACAAUACAAGAUAAAACAAGAACUGAACAUUUCCAAAAAAAAAUGAACGUUUCGAAAUAGAACAGCAAAAUCGAUAAAGUUCAGAUUAUGCAAAAUCCACCUGCAAUAUUUUUAGCCGCAUUUUUUUUCUUAAAUAGCCAAAAAAAAACUUCCAGACACAAAUCAAAGGACAAGUUGGAAUGUUUUAAUAACUGGUGGCGGUGGUCAUUUGGCUGAAAAUUUGGUGCAAAAGUUAGUGGAAAAUGCGCGCGAUGAACUUCGACCAGAUGUUGUUGCACAUUUGGAAUCGCAAGAUCUUCAUCUAGAGAAUCAAAGUGGGCAGAGAACUAAUGCGAGGGUUUUCAAAAAAAGAAUUGAGCUCGCUAUUAGUCGAAAAAUGUCUUCUCAUAUUCAAAUUGUUCUGCUUGACUUGUUGCAGCCGAAUGAAGAAUUACUUCGAAAUGAUUACACAAAAUAUAUCAAUGUGAGCAGUUAUUUUUCGAAGAUAUGUACAUAAAUGAAACUUUUUUUGUAGGGAUCAUUUACUGACUAUGAAAUUAUGAAAGAUGCUCUGCAAAACAUUGACACAGUAUUUCAUUUGGCUGCUGUUGGGAUGACUGGGCAAUACGCUACAGAUAGAAAAGCGUGUAUGGAUAUAAAUGCUGUAGGAACAAUGAACUUACUAUCCUGGAGUAGACAAAAUGGUGUGAAAAGGUUCAUUUAUUCGUCUUCAAUUGGUGUGGUUUUCAAUGGUGAACCCUUGAAUAAUGUGACAGAAGAAAAGGAACAUUCAGAAAAUGUAAGAAAAAACAAAAAAAGUCCUAGCACGAGUGGGGUUCGAACCCACGCGGAUUUCGCAUCCAUUGGAACUUAAGUCCAACGCCUUAACCACUCGGCCAUCGUGCUGACGAGAAUUGUUUGUAAACAUAGCAAACACACAAAACGGACCGCCCCCAAAAGGAAAUGAUUUAUUUUUCCCUCUCUUCCAGCAAAAAAAUCAAGCGCAUUCGUGUAACAUACAUAAAUAUGAUUGUUUUUUUCAGUUUUACAAUUAUUAUUGUGAAUCGAAAGCGCAUGCCGAAAUAAUUGUUCAAAAUGCGUCUUGUGAUGAAUUGAAAACUACGGUUUUGAGAUUCAAUGGAAUUUAUGGGCCUGGUGAAAAAAGAGUUACGGAAAGAGUUGUGAAAUUUAUGCUUUCUGGUUGGUGGAUUGCGAUUUGUGAACCGAAUGGAAUUGAAGCACAAACUCAACUAUCUUCUGUUGAUAAUUGUGUUCAAGGAUUGGUGAAAGCUGAAAUUGCUCUGAAAGUUAAAAAUUCAAAACACGGAGAGGUGAGAAGACUAAUUUAUGUUUGACUUUUUUUAAAUUGGAAGCCUACCGGAUCCCCCUUCUAAUCUGAAAUUCCAGAUUUACAACAUCAUGGAUCGCGAUCCAGUUGGAACAUUUAGUUUUUGGACACCUCUCAACCAAGCCCUUGGCUUCACUGACCACAUGAUCAAUAUCCCACCUUGGAUUCUGAAGUUUGGCGGAUUCUUCUGUCAAAAUGUUGCUAAUUUUUUCAAAGUCGACCCAUUUAUGACAUCUUUAGAAGUCGAUUUACUCACAGUUAAUAACACGUUUUCAAUUGAAAAAGCCUGUGAGCAAAUCGGUUAUGAUCCAGCGCCAAGUUCUAUGCCAGAGGUAUAAAAAUUAUAUUUUUUCGAAAUUCUAAUGAAUCAAUUUUUUAAAGAUCGUAGAGAUGUAUGGGAAUCAACAGACCGCCGAAGAUAAAUUGAAACGAAAAAAGUUUUUCUUGUGGAGAAUGAUUUUCAUUAUUUUUGCAAUCAUUUCAUUGAUUAUCCCAAUUGUAUAUUUUUCCUGGAAAAAUCUUAUUGAUUGCUACAUUUUUCUAAACUUUUAUGUGAAAUUCUUGUAUAAGAAAUUUCAUGACUUAUACCAUUCACAAAACUAA